AUGGCGGACCUAGAAUCAAUUGCUCAACUUCUUGCGCAAUCGGUCGAUGCCUCAACUGCCAAAAUGGCAGAGGUCAAUCUCAAAGCGUUAGAGUCUCAGAACGGAUUUGCUUUGACGCUGAUGCACGUAAUUGCCUCUGGGAAUCUUCCUGUAGCUACGAGACUUGCAGGUGCCCUUUUUUUUAAGAAUUUAAUCAAGCGCAAGUGGAUAGAUGAGAAUGGUGCAUAUCAGAUAGCAGAUAACGACGUAGAAGCCGUUAAGCGGGAGAUCGUGCCAUUAAUGAUUGUUCUACCUGGCAAUUUGCAGGUUCAGAUCGGUGAGGCAAUCUCAGUAAUUGCAGACUCAGACUUCCCGCAGCGGUGGCCCAAUUUGCUUGAUGAUCUCAUCACCAAGCUUUCCACAGAUGAUAUGGUUACGAAUCGCGGCGUUUUAGCUGUUGCGCACUCGAUAUUCAAAAGAUGGCGGCCACUUUUCAGGUCCGAUGAGCUUUUCUUGGAGAUCAAGUUCGCACUAGACAAGUUUGCCACUCCAUUUUUGGGCUUGCUACAGUCUGUCGAUGAGCAAAUUACAGCUAAUAGUACAAACGAGGCAAAACUCACACUUUUGUUCGAAGUUCUUCUCGUUUUGGUAAAACUAUAUUACGAUUUAAACUGUCAAGACAUCCCUGAAUUUUUCGAAGACAACGUCCACCUCGGCAUGGGCAUAAUGCAUAAGUAUCUGGCCUAUGAAAACCCAGCACUCGAGGACACUGACGAAGACGAUCAGCCCAGUUUGGUAACUCGAACCAAAUCGAGCAUUGAGGAGCUAGUUCAAUUGUACACCACAAGAUACGAAGAUGUCUUCGGACCAAUGGUCACCGAAUUUAUACAGACCACCUGGAACUUACUCACAAGUCUGUCUUUACAGCCAAAAAAUGAUGUUCUCAUUUCCAAGUCCUUACACUUCAUGACUGCCGUCACUAAAAUUCCCAAGUACUUUGAGGUUUUCAAUAAUGAGUCUGCUUUGAGCAGCAUUACGCAGCAAAUAAUUCUGCCAAAUGUUACUUUACGCGAGACAGACGAAGAGCUUUUCGAAGAUGACCCUAUAGAGUAUAUUAGAAGAGAUCUUGAAGGCUCAGAUUCUGACACUCGGAGAAGGGGUUGCACUGAUUUUUUGAAAGAGUUGAAGGAGAAAAACGAGCAUUUGGUGGUUUCAAUCGUUUUAGAGCAUAUCAAAACUUUUUUCGCGAAGUAUCAAGCAGAUCCUAUGAGCAAUUGGAAAUACAAAGAUCUCUGCAUUUACCUUUUUUCCACAUUGGCCAUAAAUGGGGCCGUCAGCAAUCCUGGUGUCUCAUCCACCAGCAUUCUGCUAGACGUUGUAGAUUUUUUCACCAAGGAAAUAUCACCAGACUUGAUCGGAUCUGUCCCACACCCAAUAUUGAGAGUGGACGCUAUCAAGUACAUCUACACGUUUCGCAAUCAGCUGAAUAAAAGUCAAUUGAUUCAAAUUUUGCCAAUUUUAGCAGAUCAGUUACAAUCAGAUGGAUUUGUUAUCUACACCUACGCCGCUAUCACAAUCGAGCGCAUUCUUUCAAUUAGAGAAUCUAACACGUCCUCUAGCCUUGUUUUCAAGAAAUCGGACCUUGCUGGGAGCUCGAAGGUUCUUCUGUCAAGCUUAUUUCGCCUAAUUUUGGGACAAGGUCAUUCUCCAGAAAAACUUGCUGAGAACGAGUUUUUGAUGAAAAGUAUCUACCGAGUUCUUUUAACUGCUGAAGAUCUUUCUGCGCCUUUCGCGCAUGAGACAAUUCAUCAGCUGUUGGACAUAGUUUCGGUAAUUUCGAAAAAUCCUUCGAAUCCAAGAUUUUCACACUAUUGUUUUGAAGCUAUUGGGGUAGUACUGAAGUUCAACGGUCAGUCUUUGCAAGAAUUUUUGAGUCUUAUGAUGCCCAAAUUCAUGGAAAUCUUGUCGGAAGACGUUCAGGAAUUUAUACCUUACACUAUUCAGCUCAUUGCAUAUUGUCUUGAACAGCUACCGCCAGGAAGUUCACUACCAGACUCAGUGGCACAGUUGUCACAGCCAAUUCUGUCGCCAUCUGUUUGGGAAUUAAAAGGGAAUAUUCCUGCUGUUACGAGGCUCCUUAAGGAUAUUAUUCGAGUAAAUCCCAAUGCCUAUCCAGACUUGGUACCUGUAUUGGGAGUUUUUCAAAGACUCAUCGCCUCGAAAACAUACGACGCUAAUGGACUUGAACUGUUAGAAUACAUCAUAACAUACAUGCCUCUAGAAAGCAUUCAAACUUACAUGAAACAAAUAGCUGUUUUGCUUCUUCAACGGUUACAGAACUCCAGAACUGAGAAAUAUGUCAAGAAAUUUGUGGUGUUUUUGAGUGUUGUGGCCCACAAGCGUGGGUCUGAUUUUGUUGUUAAUUUCAUUGAUGAAGUUCAAUCAGGUCUUUUCCAACAAAUUUGGAGUAGUUUUGUAAUUACCGCGCUCCCCGCAAUGGGGAAUUUGUUGGAUCGAAAGGUCGCCAUUAUUGGUAUUCUUAGUGUCAUUACAAAUGGCACUCUGUUUUCUUCCAAAUAUCCGCAUCUCUUUGCCCCGUCUCUGGAAGUGGUGGUAGAAACAGCCGUCUCGGAGAGUAUUGUUAACAUGAAUAACGACUUUGUGGACGUUGAAAACCUGGAGGAAAUCACCACAUUUGGAUCGAGUUUUAGUAAACUAGGUUCGGUAAGUGAAAAGAGUUUCGAUCCUUUGCCCGAAGUGGAUCUAACCACGGGAGUGAGAACAUACGUGAGAGAAGCACUGAUAGCAUUUAACGAGAAGACAGGGAAUGGCCUAUUGAGCCUUACACCACAGCUCCCGGAAAAUGCUAAAAACGCAUUGCAUACUUUGGGCUUUAACUGA